AACAACAACAACAACAACAACAACAACGACAAAUUGGUGGUGGUGGGUGGGGUGGAUCAAGCUCCAACUCGCGAAGGGGAGGUGCGGCCUUCUCCCAUCUGGCAAACCCAGAUGUCACGCUGCCCUCCCUACCGGCAUCCCUGCAGCCGACGCCAAAGCGCGCACGCCUGCUUGUUCUUGUGGUCACAGGUGGCACAAAGGCAACAGCAACCAGCAAUCGCAAGGCUGUCCUUGAAACCUGGGCAAACAGCACAAGCUUGGACCACUCCAACGUCCUCUUCGUCACAGACGCGCCCGAUAUCCCAAACGCGCGUGCCAUUCGAUUGCCGCCGCCUGCGGAGCAGGGCGGUUCCCAAAAGCUGGGCCGGAAGGUGCUGCUCAUGUGGGAGUACGUUGCGCAGCGCCUUGACACGGAGUUCCGUGACUUUGACUUUUUCAUGAAGGCCGAUGACGACACCUUUGUACAUGUGCCCAAGCUCGAGCGAGACCUCCGCCUGCUCAGCGCGGAUGAGCCGCUGUUCCUGGGCAAGAAGCAAUAUGGCGGCGGCGUCCGUGGCACCGCUGCCGCUAACCCAUUAUUUCAGCGCAAGAACUACAUGAAGUUUGCACAUGGGGGUGCUGGAUACAUUCUGAGCCGUGGCCUUGUGAAGGCGAUGGAAGGGUCGUUUUCACGCUGCGUCUCGCAGAAGCCGCAGACGCCGUUGGAGGAUGCAAAGCUGGCUUCAUGCCUGUAUGCAUGCGUCGGUGUGGACACCAUCAACGUCGGUGGUGCGGUGGGUCCCUUUGGUAACCUCGAUGUCUUUGGGAAUCGCCAUGGCCAGCACAUCCAUGCGGAGCGCCUCUCCACCUGGCCCUGGGAACGGUUUGUGGUAGCUGGAUCCUUUCACAGCGUUGAGGCGGAGACGACAAGGAGCAUUCACAGGUUGUUACAAGGAGUGCCAAAGCGUGAAGCUGCAGAUGUUGUGGCCAGCAACGACAAAGCGACACGGGAGUUUGUCAUCAAGUUUGCGGCCGGCUUCUCGUCUGUGUAUGCAUGCAAGGUGAACUGGCAACCUCUGCGACCACUACACUCGCAGCAACUCCACCAAAAUGAUCAGCAAGUCGAGACAGGAGACUCUCACGAAGGUGUGCCCACGAACGAGCUCGCCAACAAUCGCCACGCCACAUCUUCAAGGACGACAGCGAGCAGCGCCAUCUGCUUUGGGCCAGGGCUGCACCCAACACUGGCAGGGCCUGUGCUCGCGUUUCAACACCAGUUCUUCACGCGCCCGCGCUUUCGAGCUGGCGAGCGGCGGCCCGUGCGGUGCCGCGAUGCGUUUGUGUGCUGUGAGACAACGGAGGGUGAUGAGGAGGGGGGCGUCGCAGACACAGAGAAACAACAACAACAGCAGCAGCAGCAGCAGCAGCAGCAGCAGCAGCAGCAGCAGCAGCAGAAGACAAGCGAUGGUGUCCCUUACAUCCGAGGCAUACCCAUGAACAUUGAUCAGAGCACAGAGGUUUCCGAGAACCCAGCAGCCAGGCAAGGUUCAGCGUACAGUUCACACUUGUACACGACACUGCACUCACCUCGCGUCGUGUUGGUGGCCGUUCGGGAUGAUCGGGAUGUGGAGACGCUCCCAUCACUGCUCACUUCGCUGGAGACGGCGCACGUAUGCGCAGAUGUUGUCCUCUUUCUCGGCAACUCGCUUCCUCGAGAUCAUCUCUUCUUCACCAUGCGCCAUGGGCGGUUGGAGGUCGUGGUGAAUGCAAACACAAACAUGAUGAACCCAGAGCACGUCGCCGCGGUGCAGAGCGAGUUCCUCUCCACCCACACCGGCUACAAGCAGUCGAUUGCUGUUGAUGCACGCGCCGUGUUUCAGGCGGACCCUUUCACAGCAUUGAGCUGGGACCGCGUGUCGUUUGCAGUGCAGCAGCCUGAACAGUGGAGCCUCAAACUCACCUGCGGCUUUCCAUCGAACCAUCAAGUGAACCUGCAUCCGCAGUUGAGCCCUUUCUUCUCUUUUGGCCCCGCUGAAGCCCAUGCACGCGCUUUAAUGGCACUCGCGAGUCUUCGCCAGCGAUACGCGUCCAAGUGCAGCCCGCGGGAGCUGGUCUCGGAGGCCGUGUGGGGCUGGCAGGUGGCGCCGUUUGCGCGCGUGGCGGUGCUCGCACCAUGGGAUGGUCCUGCUGCAGAUAUGGCUGCACCACUCGAGGAGCGGUGGUGGAGGGUGCACGACCACCCGCCGCCACCGCCACGACGCCCGUCGACAGAAGCAGAUGCAAGCAGACGUGAUCGUGAUGCUGGUGGUGAUGAUGAUGGUGAUGAUGGUGGUGGGGAGAGUGAGUCAAAUGCCCGCCAACAGCAAGCGGGAGGACUCGACGCCAUACUGGGUGCGUUGACCGGCCUCCCAGGCAUGGCUGGGACACACGCGUCACCAGCAUCGCUGGGCGUGACGGUGACAAACUACGAGGGCGAUGGCGUCGUGGUGCUGCUCAACGCCGACGCAGCGCUCACGCGCGAUGCCACCGCUCCGCAAUUGCUGACAGUUCGGGAUCGCGCCAUGCUGUUAACGUCACCUCGCAACCCGCCACCAGAUAUCGACGACUCCUUAGCUGUCGGGCGACAGCAGAAAAAGGCAUCACCAUGACACCGUGAACACGUGUGUGUUGUGUGUAUGUGUGCGUGUUGUGUGUUGGGGAGUGUACGAGGUACCAAGUUAGGAUUGGUUGGGGAUGUCGCUGUGUGUGGCUGUG